GGGUGUUCCCGGAGCCGCAGCAGGACCCGGUGAUCGCCAUCGCGGCCGUGGCGCUGCGGCAGGGCGCGCGCGAGCCGUUCCUCAGGGUGGUGUUCACCCUGCUCAGCUGCGCCCCCCUGCGGGGAGCCACCGUCAGGAGCUUCGACAGCGAGAAGGACCUGCUGCAGUCGUGGGCGGAGUUUGUUCGGAUCGUGGACCCCGACGUGGUGACGGGCUACAACAUCCACAACUUCGACCU